AUGUCGAGACUUUCUUGUACAACGGUCAAGGGUAAAUCGUGGCCCUAUGAACAGUAUUACACGGGUGAGAGAGACGCCGAGAAAAUCAAAUGUGUUAAAGGAGAAAACCACUGGACUGGGGCAAAGUCGUUGGAAUGCUACUCGGGUCAAUUCCUUUGGGGCACCAUGCACGGCGUGGGUGAAUAUUACUGGCGUUACUUAAACGUAGAGGGUGCCUUUGUCACAUAUGAGGGUCACUUCUACUGCAACCGCAUGCAUGGUUUUGGGACAAUGUCUUAUCCCGAUGGUAGUGUGUUCGAUGGAUUGUUUUAUUCGAACAUCCGUUGGGGUCCAGGAAUAGAAUCUCACGUAGACGUUAGACAAAAUGUGGGACUUUGGCUUGGCAAUAAGUUAAUCAGACUAGCUUGGAAACCACCCUCGCAUAAUUUGAUUCUGGAUUUAAUGACCACUAACGCUGGACGAGCGUGCGUUAAUGCACAUAGAAAUUUGAUGGAAACUUCUUCCGAAGCCAUUGAUGAGAGCAAUGAGGUGAUCGAAUUACUCAUAAAAUACGGGUCUAAAGCAAAGUCAGCCAAAGCUUCAUGGGGAAAACUAUAUCCGAAAAAUCUUACUGAUCUCACAAGCCCCGUUUUCCGACACCAGCUUUUUGACCAGAAUUAUUACGGAUCAAGAAAUAUAGAUAAGCUAAUAGAGGUGGAAAAGAUGCCAGAAAGAAUACAAAGUUUCGAUAACAAUAAAACUUACUUUGCUUGGAACAACAAUGAAAUAAUAAAACACAUGAUGAAGCAUGCAUUUAUACAUGGGAAGCAACUUGAAAACAAAAUUAACAUUGGGAAUAUUUUAUCUGAAUCACGAAAAAAAUUAAAACAACCGGCUAAACACGAACUGGAUUGCAGAACUUUAUUGAUGGCGAGUUAUUUGGGUGACACUGAAAGCGUCGUUCAUCUCGUUACUAACGAGGACAUUCAUCCAGAUGUUACAGAUCUGCAAGGCAAUAGCGUUUUAAUGUACGCAACCUGUGGUGAUCAAACAGAACUAAUACAUUUUCUCGUGGAAGCAGGAGCAAGUGUAAACAAUUUUAAUGACUCUUGUUGCACAGCUCUUGGUGUUGCUUUAAUUAGAUUAAUUUGCCAAGUUAAAGGUAUUUCCGUUAAUGACAUGGCCCAAGCUUUUACACCAGAAACAGCUUUGUCAACGGAUUCUUCAAUACAAAAUGUUUGUGAAUGGAAUUUUGGAACUGACAAUAAUACAUUACAAAAUAAGAAUAACGGCCCUACGAGAAGUGCGAGCAAGCUUUUGAAAUCUCAAGUGAGCCAUAAGCGAAUAAAGUCGCUGCCCUCGCUGAAGGAACAAUCUCUUAAAACGAAUCCCGAUACUCCGGGGAAAGUACCAGAUCAAGGCUUUGUAACCGGAAAUGACGAUUUGAACGAAAGUGUUCAACAGUACACAAUCGUAAAAAAUAAAUAUACUGCAAGGGUAGCCCUAGAUUAUUCAGCGGCGGGAAACGGAAGUCCAAUAUCAUAUGUAUUUGAGGUUGGCGAUGUUACGAACAAUAUAAUAGAUAAUGAGGUUGAAGAGCAAAAGAAAACUCCGGAAAAGAAUCCAAAAAAAGUUACUUCGAAAGCUUUGAAGGAACAAGUUAAUGGGAAAGUAAAGUUAACUAACGGGUUGCGAACUCAAAGCAAGGAAAAUCCCCAGGAAUUAAGAGACACAGAGAAAAUAUUUACGGACAGUUAUGAGCGAAUAUUGUUGACUAUAAAUCAACUCUUACUGGAUGGAGCUGAUCCAAGCCUCGUACGAUGUCCGCAACCUGCACUUUUUAUGGCUGUAACAUCUGGUUGCUCUAAAUUAGUGAAACAACUGAUCGAUCACGGUGCGAAUGUGAACGAAUUUUAUCCCCAUGUUCUAGGGUAUUCGGUAUUGGACAUUGCGAUUUCUUAUCCACUCACGAAUGAAAAUCUUAAAGUGAUUAACGUGUUACUGGAAAACGGAGCCGACACGCAACAUCGCUUACCUUACAAUAAUCAUAAUUCCAACGAGUCAAUGAUUCCAGGGCCAACUCUUUUGCAUGCUGUUCUUGCGAAAACAGCUGAUAGUGAAAUAGAAGAAGAGAUUCGCCGACAUUUGCUUGAACUUCUGCUGACACAUAAUUGUGAUUCUGAGGAACAAUUUAAAGGCCGUUCAGCCAUCGACGUAGCGAUGUCGAAAGGAGCUGAUAUAUUUAAUGUAUUUAUUGGACAUCCAAAAGUUAAUCUGAACGCAAUUAUCAAUCAAUCGAAUCAAAAUGUAUUGACCAAGAUGUUCACAUUGUCUUACUUCAAGACCCUUGAAAGCAAGCAUCGCCUAGAAAUUUUGACUAAUUUGUUGAGGCACGGCGCUGAUCCCUUGCAAACUUGCCAAAAUGACGAGGAAAAAUUUUAUAACAUUAUCGUAUAUGCGAAGAAGUUCCUUCAUGGAUGUGAAAAUGUGGAAAUUAAACAUAGUCCAAUCGCAGCAAGAAAGCAAAGUGAGAACAAAAUUAAAAAGAACGGCAAAAGCAAUGACGAUAAAGGGGCUAAGCAGAAAACUGUCAUAGGCGACGUCGAUGAUUACAAACAGGCGUUAGAACUCAAACUAGCCCUCAAGAACGAAGUUCCUCUACAUGUGUGUUUUUGUUUAAUUGCCAAAUAUUUAGAUGCUUCAGUUAGACAGUUUCAUUUUCUUAUAAAAGGAUUAGAAAAAGUUGCAGCAGAGUGUAAAAAGCUAAAUAUUUCAUUUCAUCUCCUAGAAGGAAGUGGUGCUGAUGCUUUACCUCAAUGGAUUAUUGAUCAUAAAAUAGGGGCAGUUGUGUGUGACUUCAAUCCUCUUAGGACACCCAUGAGUUGGGUUGAGGGGGCCAAGAAAAAAUUCAAGAAGGACAUUCCUUUAAUACAGGUAGAUACUCACAAUGUAGUGCCUUGCUGGGUUGCUUCAGACAAACAAGAGUACUCUGCAAGGACUAUCAGAAAUAAAAUAAACUCUAAACUUGAUGAAUACCUGACCCAAUUCCCACCAGUGAUAAAGCAUCCAUACACAAGUAAAUUUGAACCAAAGCCUAUAGAUUGGGACAAGGCCAUUGAGACUCGAGAAGCGGAUAAGACUGUGGGACCAGUAGAAUGGGCAAGUCCAGGCUAUGACGAGGCUGUGAAAACAUUGAAGACUUUUCUGGAGAAGAGACUCAAGAUUUUUGCAUCUAAACGAAAUGACCCAACACAGGAUGCUUUGAGUAACUUGUCACCAUGGUUUCACUUUGGUCAAAUUUCUGUGCAGAGAGUGGCACUUUGCGUUCAAAAGUACAAAAAACAAUAUACCGAGAGUGUAAAUGCUUACUUGGAAGAGGCGAUUGUGCGUAGCGAACUGGCUGAUAAUUUUUGCUUUUAUUGCGAACAUUACGACAGCAUAAAGGGAGCCAGCAACUGGGCACAGAAAACCCUAGAUGAUCAUAGAAAAGACAAAAGAACCCACAUAUACACAUUAGAAGAGCUAGCCAAGGCAGAGACUCAUGAUGAACUGUGGAAUUCGGCUCAACUUCAGAUGGUCAAGGAAGGAAAAAUGCAUGGUUUCUUGCGCAUGUAUUGGUGUAAGAAGAUUCUAGAAUGGACUCCAAGUCCAGAAGAUGCUCUCAAAUAUGCAAUUUACUUAAAUGAUCAUUACAGCAUAGAUGGCCGUGAUCCAAAUGGAUAUGUUGGUUGUAUGUGGUCCAUAUGUGGUAUUCAUGACCAGGGCUGGGCGGAGAGAGCGGUUUUCGGUAAAGUGAGAUACAUGAACUAUGAAGGUUGCAAACGAAAGUUUCAUGUUAAUGCGUUUGUAGCACGGUAUGGAGGGAAGAAACACAAAUACAUAGCGAAGAAA